AUGCUGCGAGGGCCCCGGGCCCUGGCUCCGGCCGCUGGGCCGACCCUGAAGGGGCUGCCCGUGAUGAGCCCCACCGAACUGUGGCCGUCCGGCCUCGGCAGCCCCCAGCUGUGCCCGGUCACCACCACCUACUACGCCCCGCUGUACCCGCAGACUGUGCCUCCGGCCGCGGUGCCCGGCACCUGCCUCGACGCCACCCCCCACGGACCGGAGGGCCAAGCUGUGCGAUGCGUGCCGGCUGGCCGGCUGCCGGCCAAAAGGAAGCUGGACCUGGAGGGGAUCGGGAGGCCCGCGGUCCUGGAAUUCCAGACCCCCAAGGGGAAGUGCAUCCGAGUGGAUGGCCUCCCCAGCCCUAAAACACCCAAGUCCCCUGGGGAGAAGACACGGUACGACACGUCGCUGGGGCUGCUCACCAAGAAGUUCAUUUACCUCUUGAGUGAGUCCAAGGAUGGGGUCCUGGACCUGAACUGGGCUGCUGAGGUGCUGGACGUGCAGAAGCGACGCAUCUAUGACAUCACCAACGUGCUGGAGGGCAUCCAGCUUAUCCGCAAGAAGGCUAAGAACAACAUCCAGUGGGUAGGCAGGGGAAUGUUUGAAGACCCCAGUGGGCCCAGGAAGCAGCAGCAGCUGGGGCAGGAGCUGAAGGAGCUGAUGAGUACGGAGCAGGCCUUGGACCAGCUCAUCCAGAGCUGCUCGCUGAACUUCAAGCACCUGACCGAGGACAAGGCCAACAAGAAACUGGCCUAUGUGACUUACCAGGACAUCCGUGCUAUUGGCACCUUUAAGGAACAGACAGUGAUCGCUGUCAAGGCCCCUCCGCAGACAAGACUGGAAGUGCCCGACAAGAGCGAGGACAACCUGCAGAUAUACCUGAAGAGCACGCAAGGGCCCAUCGAAGUCUACUUGUGCCCGGAGGAGAUGCAGGAACCAGACAGCCCUGCCAAGGAGCCCGUCCCCUCCACGUCCACCCUUAGCCCCAGCCCUGACGGUGCCCAGCCCAGCAGCAGCGCCAACCCUGGCAUUCUGGAACCCACAGCCUCCCCAGCGCCAUCGCUGACUCCCCAGCAGGAAGGUGUCCUGCUGCCGCCACCGUCCCUCGUCCCUCUGGAGGCCACUGACAGCAUGCUGGAGCUGCCGCACCCGCUUCUGCAGCAGACCGAGGACCAGUUCCUGUCCCCAGCCCUGACAGAGAGCUCCCCUCUGAUCAGCUUCUCUCCGCCCUUGGACCAGGACGACUACCUGUGGGGCCUGGAUGGGGGUGAGGGCAUCAGCGACCUCUUUGACUCCUAUGACUUCGGGGACCUGCUGAUUAAUUGA